AUGCGCUUCACACUGCUCUCUAUUCUCGCUCUCUUCCUGGCGUUCGCCGCCGCGGACUUGGACGUCCAAGGCUGGCUUCACAAGCACAAGCCCGACCGCAAUUUCCGCCGUCAACAGACCCCCUCGGGAGACCUGAUCGCCCCAACCUCUCUAGCAAUAACCGGUGUUGGCUCCAUCACCCUCUCAGAAACGUCCGGGAGCUCGGCCUCCAGCACAAGCUCGUCGAGCUCCGGCUCGGCCACAGACAUGUCGUCCAUGACAGCCAGUACCUCGGGCGCUGGAAUUGCCCCGGUUACGAGCAGUGCGGAGGUCGGAGGUGGCACUACAUCCGCGGCGGACCAGGCUAUUGAGGCCAGUGCUACGAGCGCGGGUCUUGCCGCCCCGACUGGCGCGGUCAACGUCGCUGCGUUGAUGGGGGUGGGUGCCGUGAUGGGGUUGAUGGUAAGCCUGCCGUGCUAG